GAGCUGAGCAGCGCGGAGCAGCGGAAGCGCGCGGCCGCCGCGGAGGUCGACCAGGCGAGGUCCGAGCUGGAGCGGAGGCGUGCCGAGAGGGACAGCAACGUCGCGUUACUCGAGGCGCGCGCCGUCGUCGAGCGGGCCAGGGCGGAGCGCGACAGGCUCGCCGCGGAGCUGCAGGACUGUAUCGGUCGUCCGCUCUUGGCCAGGGGCUGGCUGCGCCCUACCCAGGUCCCGAGCCUCCGCAUCGUGCGGGGGCUCCGCGACGCAGCGCAGCUGAGCGCGCGGCUGCGCUCGGAGGUGGAGCUGCUGGCGGGAGCGGCGGCGCGCGAGGCCGCCCUGGAGGCCGCCGGCGGCGAGCUCCCCUCCAGCGUGGUGCCCGAACCGACGCAGCUGGCAACUUCGGCCCUCGACUCGCAGCAG